CGCACUUAAACCCAAGCGGGAUAUUUCAUCAACGAACACAGCAACAGCUCCUCAGUGUCUCCUAUUUUGUCCUCCUCGCCAACCGACACAAAGCUAUCGAAGGUCCUAAUCUGCUGCUGCAAAAUACUGUUACCACAGACGAACUACUUCCUGUUCUCUGAGACUCCAGUGGCUGUUGCAUAAGUCAACACACCUACGCCGAAGGACCUAUAAUAAACAAGUUAACCUCCCCUUUUGCCUACAAGUCCUUGUACACUCAGUGCCGUCACACGUGUUGUGUCUAAGCUGUGUCAAUCACACACUCACCCACACUAGAAGGAUUUAAAACACAUAGCCUGGUUCAAUACUCACACUAAGUCACAGCAAACAUGGCCAGCAAGCUGUCCAACUUUGGCAAAACCUUACUGCGUCGCCGGCUAUUAGUCGACUCCGGUGAAGAGUCCCAGUUUGCCCGCUGCCUGUCCACCCUGGACCUCAUUGCCCUGGGGGUGGGCUCUACACUUGGCGCUGGUGUCUAUGUCCUUGCUGGCGAGGUCGCUCGUGAAAAGGCAGGGCCUGCCAUUGUCCUAUGCUUCCUCAUCGCCGCACUGUCCUCCAUGUUAGCUGGCCUGUGCUACGCUGAGUUUGGUGCCCGUGUCCCCAAAACAGGCUCUGCUUACCUGUACAGCUAUGUGACUGUAGGAGAAAUCUGGGCCUUCAUCACAGGGUGGAACCUCAUCCUCUCCUACGUGAUAGGAACGGCCAGUGUGGCCCGAGCCUGGAGCUCAACUUUUGACAAUCUGGUGGAGCAAAAGAUAUCCGGCUUCUUUAAAGCCUCCAUGGCAAUGAAGGUUCCAGGAGGGGUACUGGCAGAAUACCCCGACCUGUUCGCCCUCAUCCUUAUCCUGCUGCUUACAGGACUUCUGGCCUUUGGCGUCAGUGAGUCAGCACUGGUGAACAAGAUCUUCACGGGCAUCAAUCUGGUGGUUCUGGGCUUCGUUAUCAUCUCUGGCUUUGUUAAAGGCAACACAAAUAACUGGAACCUGACAAAGGACGACUACAUAAACUAUAUAAAUGAGAGCAACGGCACCAGGACUCUGGACUUUAAGGAAGAAUUUGGUGUGGGUGGUUUUGCUCCGUUUGGCCUCAGCGGAGUCCUGUCUGGUGCUGCUACUUGCUUCUAUGCCUUCGUGGGCUUCGACUGCAUCGCCACAACAAGUGAAGAAGCAAAGAACCCCAUGCGCUCCAUACCCAUUGGCAUUGUGGCCUCCCUGCUUAUUUGUUUCUUCGCCUACUUUGGUGUGUCGGCUGCUUUGACUCUGAUGAUGCCGUACUACCAGCUCAAUACCCAGAGUCCUCUACCCGAGGCCUUCACCUAUGUAGGCUGGGCUCCAGCCAGGUACAUUGUAGCUGUGGGCUCUCUCUGUGCUCUGUCAACCAGUCUUCUAGGCUCCAUGUUCCCCAUGCCCCGUGUUAUCUACGCCAUGGCCGAGGACGGGCUGCUGUUCCGUAUCCUCUCCAAGAUGAAUGCACGCACAAAGACUCCUCUCCUCGCUACAAUCGCUUCUGGCAUCGUUGCAGCUCUGAUGGCCUUCCUGUUCGAUCUGGCAGCUCUGGUUGAUCUAAUGUCUAUUGGAACUCUGUUGGCUUAUUCUUUAGUGGCCAUCUGUGUUCUUAUCCUCAGGUACCAGCCCGGCACCCUGAAAUCAUCCAGCCAGACGGAGAAGCUGGUAGAGCUGGUGGAAGGGGAAAAAGUUCCCGUCAAUGGAGGGGACAGUGGUGACGAGUGCGAGGACACGCCGCUCAAAGAGACUUUCAGGGCCAAGUUGUUGUUUUGUCCAAGUGGAAAGAACCCAACACAGACCUCUGGGACCAUUGUCUAUGCUACCACUGCUAUCAUUUCUGUUCUUAUCACCUUGCUGUGCGUUAUCCUGGCUAACUGUCUGCCAGAGCUGUUGGCCGGGCAGCCUGGUGUCCUGGUGCCCUGUGUCAUUUUGACUCUGCUCUGCACCGUGUGUGUCAUCAUCAUCUGGAGGCAACCUGAAAGCAAAGAGGCCCUCACUUUCAAGGUCCCUCUGCUCCCCUGGUUGCCUUUGUUCAGUGUUUUCGUCAAUAUCUACCUCAUGAUGCAGCUUGACGUGGGAACAUGGUGCCGCUUCACUGUCUGGAUGAUUAUCGGUUUCGCCAUCUACUUCUUCUAUGGUAUCAAGAACAGUAGUGAAGCCGCCAACAGGUCAUCCCCUCGCAAAUACGAGCCUGCUCUGCAGACCAAGAGCCCAAUUUACACCGGCGCUCCCAGCGACAGCGAUGUGGAGUCAGGCAGUCCUUGAUACUGACUCCUGUGGGCUUGGGGAGCAUUGCAGAGCUCUCUACACUCGCUGUCUCGUUGAACUUGGCGGUGUAGGCAGCCUGGAACAUAGCUCCAGGUUUUAGAGAAACUAGAGGCAAGAAAAUUCCACACAUGUCUUACCUCUGACUCUGAGGCAGAUUAACUUGAUGGCUGAACACUGUGACAGAGCUACUCUCUGCUCUAUGUGUCUGUUUCAACCCAUCUGUCCAUCAGUCUGUCUGUUCAUAGCCUUAGCCCCCCCCCAAGGAGAUCUGCCUCUAACAUGCUUUGAAUGGACCUAACUAGAAGAGUACUGCUCAUGAUGAUCCCUCGCUGUUUGCUGGAAGAAUGUUACAUUUUUAUUUUUUCUCAUUGUUUCUCCGUUAAUUUUGCGCUGCGGUUGCUUGUGAAACAACAGAGAGCAAAAAAUCUACAAUGUCAAACAUCCCCGUAAAACUUUAUUGAAGCAGCGAGUUUACUACAGUGAAGACACUUGAAUCAAUGAGCUAGACCUCAAACUGUAAUGGAAACACAACUAGUUUAUUGGUUCUUGUUUGUGUGUAAACAGGGUAUGACUGAGGCUUACAGCCUUAGUCGGAGUCAGAAGAACAUAUUAAUGUCAUCGUCAGUACAGAUCCAUGAGUUUUCUAACACACUACGACCUUUGUGCCCCCUGCUCCCAGAAAAUAAGACAUAUUGUUAGUUAUAUUAUCAGUGUUGUGCAUCUUCCUUGCAUAUAGAUGUUGUAACUAAGUGGGGGAGGUGUUUUGUGGCCUUUACUUGGACAUUUGUAAGGGCUUUUCAGUUCCCAAAUAGAGGUACAGAAGAGCAAUAUUCUAAGAUUUGAUGAGUUGCUCUUCUUGCUGCAGUUAACCCUCAUGUAGGCUGCACCAUCUUUUAACACAAGAGUAUACUUCUUUGAACAUUUUUGCCCUUAUUUGGUAGAAUUAAAGGUGUCUUUUCAAAAACAUGGAAAGAUCUGUAUAAAUUUGAGUUCUCCUAGAUUUUGACUUGUCAUUUCUGGCAUAGAAAUUUAAUAACAUUGUUUUACUUUGACAUCUGUCCACCUUGGAGAGAUCCAGCGUGGUGUCUGGGAGCUGGGGGUCUUUAACAAACAAGUCUCUGUUUUUAAUCAUUACUGACACAUCUUACUUGUUGUAACUUCCUUGUGAAAAGACGUCGAUUGUUUUUUCACAAGUUUUUUUUCUUUAGUUUCAAUUGAAACUUAUUCUUGGCAGCUCUGUCUGUUGAGGUCCCUUUUUUUAUUUGUACUGUUAUUUACAUUUUCUGCUAGAGCUGUUAAUAUUUAAAUGUUUAUAGUAUUUGUUUGGGAUAGAUUUCUUUCUCUUAUAUGCCUUUUCAUAUCAGUUUCAAUCAAUUAAUAUGCUUUGUAGGUGUAUUUUAAUCGUUACAUGUACAGUUUUUAGUGUGCUAAUCUUUGCGUUGCUUCAUGUUUUUCUUUUAUACAUGUCUAAUGUUUCAAAUGUCUUGCAUUACCAAUGACUUGAAUUGUGAUAUCCUGUGAUCCCUCCUGACCAAAUGAACGUUUCCGUGGAAACUUGAGCUUUCCAACUUAAAGAAUGACCACUGAAAGUUGGUCUCUAAAUUUUGUAAUUUAAACAGAAAAAAGUUUAACCCCAAUCCUCUAGAGUCAAUAUAACUUAUUGUUAAUAUAGUUUUUAUUGUUCUGGCAAAGUGUUAUACUGUAGAAUGUACAGUACUUGUUUAAAACUUUAUUUGUAUAAUGCUGUAUAUUAUACAAAUGUACUUUUUAUUAAACACAACCUAAAGUACAAUUUGGUAAGAGAAGGUUUUUGUAAAUCACUCUGAAGCAUUUCCUUCAUUAUUCAGUGCUGCUGAACACCAAUUUCACAAACCUUAUGACGAUUGUCAUAAACAACAGAUCUGGUGGAUAAAAUGUUGAAGCACUUCUACAGACCUCCCAAAAACAGCCCUAAAUGUCUUUACAGCUGCUCUUUAAGAUAUGCCAUUUCAUUCUUGGCCAUGUGAGGGUACAGUGAGGGUAGAUUUGGACUUGGCCGAUGUCUCUGGUUGAUUUGAAUCAAUAAUCUGGUGCCUGAAGAAGCAUCCUUUUACCCGAGACAGAGGGCACCUGGGCUGGAAGAGUUCAGCUGCAUCUCAUUUAUCAAGAACCUCAUGAGCUGCUAUCUGUCAUGGAUCAAGUGAGGUUCCUGAUUUUCUCUGGAUAUUGAAGUCUAAAACUCUAAACUUUCUUGCAUGUGAUAGAGCCCACGCAGUGUUCAUUUAUCAUAUUGUAGAGCUAAUGGGAUUUGGCUGUAGAGCUCUUCAAACCCAGCCCUUGUGCCUUUCAAUAACAAUCAUCAUCUCCCCUCUCAGUGCUGUCAUGAACAGCAAUGAUAUAUUUUUGUCCCUCUGUUUUAUAUACUGUACAUAUGGCUGUCAUGUAUAAAUGAGCUGUAUUUUCAAUGUUUUUUUAAUAAAACUGAUUCAACCCUA